GGAGGCAUCUCUUUCACAACAUUGGCUAAGGGCACUGGGAUUUGUUGGGCACGCCUCAAAACCUAAGCGCAACAGCAGCACUUCGGUUUCUGCGUGUGAAAGAGAGAUUCUUAAAUUCUUCAAAUUAUUUCUUUUUAAAAUUUUCCAAAUGUACUUGCAGCUGUAGUAUAUACUGAUGGGGAAUGUGAAGGCAAGUUCAUAUUCUACCAAACAGAAGCUUAGCCUUGCUGCCGUAGAUAAUUUGUGUGUUCGAAGAGCUUUUUCCUUUUCUUUGAAACAGUGCUUCUCUUUCUGUUGGCUUUUGCUUUUUCUUCAAAAGAACACAAGUUGUAGUUAAUCUCCGCAGCUCUUGAGUACCUCUUUCUGCAGCCUGCAGAUAUUCAUAUUUCAGCACAAAAGUGUCAGACUUUCAAAAUUCAGGAUAUAUUCUUGCAGAAGGUUGCCAAAUAAAGCUUCUACGUAUGGAGAAGCUUCUCAAGCCAUAUGAUAAGGAGUACAUGAGGAUGGCCAUUUUAAAGCACGAAGAAACUUUCAAAGAGCAGGUAUAUGAACUUCAUAGGCUAUAUCAUUUGCAGAAGAUAUUGAUGAAAAGCUCCAUUGGAAAAAGAAGGCCCAAUGGACAGAAACAAGAGAGUUGGGAUUUAAAUUAUCAUCACAACCAAGAGGCACAAUUUAACCCACAAAGGAAACUAGAUUUAGAACAGCCUGCAGCAGCAGCAGCAGCAGGAGAGUACGUUGCAGACACAGAAGGGGAUGAUGGGGUGCUAGAGAUCAUAGAUGAGAGUGAGAUUGAGUUGACUCUAGGCCCCACCAGAUACAACAACAACAGCAACAACAGCAACAAAAGCAGCAGCAGCAACAGAAGGAAGAGAGGAGGAGAGGCAGCGGCACUAACACUAUCAGAUUCAGCAGGUCCAAGUAGUUUCUCAUCUUCUUGUUCUACUGGAUCAAGCCAUACAAUAAACAGGAGAAGUAGUUUCUCCAGGAGGACCAAUCAAAGUACUAUACAUGAGCAGUUGCUGCCUGCUGACAUGGCAUCAGGAGGGUACAGAAGAAGUGGAGGGGAUAAAAUCAGCAGCAGCAAUGUUAAUGGUGGAGAAGAACAGUUGAGACAGGAUGAGAGGCUAAAACUGCCUCCUUGGCUUUUCCAAGUUUUGAGUUUGAACAUGACUUGAUUUGAUAUGGAUAUGAUAUGAUUUUUAGACCUCUUCUUCUUACUUAUUGACUAAUAUGUGAUUGAUGAUGUUUGGGUGGGAUUCUAAUUAGCUGGUUAAUUUUGUAGUGUGAUGGGUGGAGUUUGUAUAAAGAUCAUCAUUUGCCUCCUUUGCUUUAUUUCCUUGUUCACUUUUAUAAAGAAAUGUAAUGAAUAUGAUGAAAUGGAGAUGUGUAGCCACCAAGGUA